AUGGCAUUCUGGUAUAAACCGAAAGAGCUUCCGCAACGCGUUGCAAUAUUUUACUCGGUAGGACAACUAUCUAGUGCUCUCAGCGGGCUCCUCGCGUAUGCCAUUGGAUUCAUGGACGGAUUAGGCGGUCUUGCAGGAUGGAGGUGGCUAUUUCUGCUGGAAGGCCUCCCCGCUAUUAUCUUGGCAUUCGUGGCCUUAUUUUGGCUCCCAGACUACCCUGAGACUUCCAAGAUACUAACGGAAGAGGAACGUAGCUACGUUCAAGGACGAUUGGGCAAGUCUGCGCCGUCGGGAAAGAAGGGUCAUUGGGAUAUCGCCACUCUAAAGGUUCUGUUCAAGGACCCCACUCUCUAUACAUUUUCGAUCUUCUGGAUCUGUCACGGCAUUGGCGGCUUUGGCGUGGGAUAUGCUUUGCCUACAGUGAUUUAUGAGCUUGGAUUCACGACAACAUCAAAGUCACAGUUGAUGAACAUUCCGCCUUACGUCGCUACGUUCCUCUUCCUUAACACAGUAGGCUACCUUUUACACAAGAAAAUCAUUAGGCCAUGGACCACAGCUGUCGCGAUCGAGUCUACAAUCAUCAUCUGCUACAUCAUUCUAGUCACUGUCCCAAACGCAGUUGUCAAGUAUCUUGCCUUGAUCGUAGCAGUAUCAUGCGCCGGAUCAGCGUACCCAGUAAUAUGGCCGGAACGCAUUCGUGCCAUUGAUGGAACCGUAGCAGCAGGCAUCGGCAUCGGAUGGACCAAUGCCAUGGCCCAGUUCAGUGGUAUCGUGGGGCCUCAUGUAUACAACACUAAAUUCGGUCCCACGUACCGCGUAUCGUACGUGAUAUGUCUCUGUUUCUUGGUUGUGGCCAUCACAGCGAUUCUGACAUCGUGGUUCCUGGUUCAUCGGAAGGAUCGAAGGCGGGCAGAACAGCUGGAGGAGUAA